ACUGUCAUUUCUCAAAGAGCCGAUUAUGCAACUUACGCGGAGACACACCUGGAGCCUAAACGGCAGAGUUAACAAGCACAGGAAUGAGACCGGGACACGGAGAGGCUGAGAAGGACAGAAACGGAGCUGCCGAAAAUCCCAGCCCCUUCCCUUCAGACUGACAGGAGCUGAGGUUGCAUCCCGCUGGAUGUGAGUAGGAAACGCAGGACCACUGACAAGAGGGCUGAACCCUUUCGGCUGCUCUGAUGUCACCGAACACAUGACCCAGCCUCUCCAGUAACAGCCCAUCAGGAGGGGAAAAAAAGUGUGUUUUAAAGCUUACACGUUUUUGGAUUGCGAGAAUGUCUCAUUCCCCUCACAAACAACCACAGAACCACAAGUGCGGUGCACGAGAUUUCCCCAGGACGACAGGAGGGAGCCACUGGGGCGUAAAUGGUUAAUCAGAGUGGGUCAACCCCAGUCACAGAGACCCAACAAGUCAUUUAGGACUUCAAGGGUCACCACGACCUCCAGAGGAGGAGAGAGCAGAGGAGAUCCACGUGCGGCUAUGGCGUCUAACAGUCUUUUCAGCUCGGUGACUCCGUGUCAGCAGAACUUUUUCUGGGAUCCGAGCACCAGCCGCAGGUUCAGUCCGCCGUCCAGCAGCCUUCAGCCGGUGGCGGGGAAGAUGAGCGAUGCGCAGCAGGAGCAGAACGCGGCGCUGCCGAGACUCCGACAGCACGACAACCGGACGAUGGUGGAGAUCAUCGCGGACCACCCCGCCGAGCUCGUGCGGACGGACAGCCCCAACUUUCUGUGCUCAGUGCUGCCGUCUCACUGGAGGUGCAACAAAACUCUCCCGGUGGCGUUUAAGGUUGUUGCUCUGGGAGAUGUUCCUGACGCGACGGUGGUGACAGUUAUGGCAGGAAAUGACGAGAACUACUCGGGAGAGCUGCGAAACGCCUCAGCUGUCAUGAAGAAUCAGGUGGCGCGUUUCAACGACCUGAGAUUUGUUGGCAGGAGUGGAAGAGACAAAGUCCCGCUUUUGGGAUCCUGUCGGAAGAAGGCAUUGAGAGUGCAGGUCUUUGAAGCUUCUGGGACAGGCAGUGAGAUCAGAGGAACGGUCUGUCUGCCGCUGGAGGCUGCCUGUCACAGUCAACAGGGCCUUGGCCCGCAUGGAGACCCACACCUUCGCAGGCUUAAGUUUCUUCUAUCUAUGACACGGGAUCUGGAAGAGGAAGUCAGGGAGGAGAUAGCGCAGCAUAAGGAAAUUAAAUAUGGAAAACGAUACGAGGCGCGAUGUUCGGUAGGACACAGACAGAAACUGGAAGACCCCCCUAAACCGCCGCUGUUCUCCGAGCGCCUGAGCGAGUUAGAGCGUUUACGCCAGACCAGCAUGAGAGUUGCCGUGCAAACCCAGAGUCCCCGGUCGUCUCUCAGCGCCAUGCCGAACUCCUUCAAUCCGCAGGGGCAAACUCAGAUCUCAGAUCCACGGCAGGCGCAGUCCUCUCCGCCCUGGUCCUACGAGCAGCCCUACACUCCUUACCUGAGCCAAAUGACAUCUCCCUCCAUCCACUCCACCACCCCGCUGUCCUCCACCCGUGCCACGGGCCUGCCCACCAUCAGCGACGUGCCAAGACGCCUCUCAGGUACGUCGGAUCUCAGUCCGUUCUCGGCCGAUCCGCGGCAGUUUGAACGCCAAUUUCCCGGUUUGUCCUCCCUCACAGAUUCCCGUUUCCCCAGUCCCCGAAUGCACUAUCCCGCGACCUUCACAUACACCCCUACACCGGUCACCUCGGGCAUGUCUUUGGGCAUGUCCAGCACCACCCACUACCACACCUACCUGCCUCCGCCGUACCCCGGCUCCACCCAGAACCAAAGUGGGCCCUUCCAGACCAGCAGCACGCCGUACCUCUACUACGGCGCCUCGUCCGGCUCGUACCAGUUCUCAAUGGUGCCAGGCGGAGAUCGAUCCCCCUCCAGGAUGCUGCCGCCUUGCACUAGCGCGUCCACUGGCAGCACCCUCAUCAACCCCAACCUGCCCAAUCAGGCGGACGGAGGCGAGGCGGACGGCAGCCACAGCAGCUCGCCAACUAUUCUCAACUCCAGCGGCAGGAUGGACGAGUCCGUUUGGAGACCAUAUUGAGACGGUCUGGUCGAACGAGACCUCAAUGCAGCACUGUUAGCCUUAAAGACCAAGAGCGAGAGAUAAUUGCUUGAAAGAAUCAUCGGAUUAGAAGCACAAACUCAUUGGUACUCAUUGGUACUCACUGGUACUCAUUGGUACAACAUUGAAUGGUUGCAGUGUAUUUUUAUGACUACACUGAGGUUUUUUUCUAUAAAACAGAUGACCCUUACAGGGAAUGAUAUACGUCAUUAAGGUGCGAUCAUAUUAGCAAUAUUUAAGCUAAAUUUUGCAGAGCAACGGUAAAUGUGAACGCACCUUUAGUCUAAUUCAUCUGACAUUCCACUUCAUCAGUGAUAUAACCUAUAAUGCAAGUCACUGAAAUUAAAGGAAUAGUUCAGCCAAAAAUGAAAAUACAUUCACCUUCAUGUCGUUCCAAACCCGUAGGACUUUCUUUCUUCUGCAGAACACAAAACGAGAUGCUGAUGCUGCACAUUUAGAUACAACAAAAGUGUACUGUCACUGUCAUGCCUGGUGUUUGGGGCUUUUAAACUCCGAAAAGCACCAACAAAGUGACUUGUGAGCUCAUUCAAUAGCUUUGUGCAAAGAACAGACCUAUAUUUAAGAGUAAACGAUGCCAGAACGUUUAUUUUUGGAUGAACUAUCCCUUUUUCUGUCCUUGAGUAAACGUUCAUUGCAAUAGGAAUGCAUCCACACUAUUGGCGCAGAAUAUUUUUAUACUAACUCGGUAAAUUUAGCAUUUCUUAACACUGAAAGCAAUUGUUUUUUUUAUUUAUGCGUGCUAGAAGUCAGCUAUUUGAAACAGUACUGGCUAAUUCCCUCUGAUUAUUUUAAUUUAUGUAUGAAAUGGUAGCAAACAGUACUGAUUCGAGAAGCAAUAUAAGCCAUAUAAACUUUAAAUUAUGCAAUGUGUUUAGAGGGACAAAAUUUAAGACGUUUGAUUUUUGGGACAUCUAUUAAUAACUUAAUGAAAUAUUUACUCGUUUUGUAAUUUAAAUGCUUUGUUAUUAUUAUUGUUAUUGUAAAGCAACCAAAAAGAAAAUCCAAUGAUACGUAAGCAAUGAAGGAAGGACAUUUCAUUGUAAGACUAUAUCCACAAUUAAACGUUUGUGGAUUUUUCUCAGAAUAAAUUCUCAGUCAGAAACGUUACAUAUUAAGACAUCCAGAAAUGUUUUAGAGUGAGUACAUCUGAGUAAGUAACGUCUAUAACAAAAACGAUCAAUAAAUGUACAAAGGUAUGUUACGAGAGUUGACGUGCUGCACUCUCCACUUGUUUGAUUUUGGUAUCCGAUGUUUGUCUAGUUAAUUUAUUUUAGAUUUAUUUUUUAUUUAAUGUUUUUCGGUGACUACAAGAACGACCAAACUCUUGCAGCAGUGGCCUAAACCUUUGCAUCUUCAGAUACAGACAUGAUCAAAUCUCACGCAUGCACUUGCAAUAAUAAAACGGCCAGUUUCCGUCUCUUGUGCAGAUAUGAAACCAAUACGAUCGUCAGCCUUCUGUUCUAUAACUGGAUGGUUAACUGCACUUUGUAGGUUAGUUAAACACUAUGCAAACUGUACUACAACAAUCAAACUCAGAAAUGUCUCUUUGCUGUGUGCUAAGGUUCUUGAGGUACAAUAUAAUCAAGUACUUUUACUGGCAUGUUAGACAACAGAAUCUUUGGGCUGCAAGACAUUUUACUGAACGGACAAUCAAAUAGAGUAGCCUAAAUUACACAAUGGAUGUUUACCAGAAAAGUUUAUCAUCUCCAUUUCUAGAAUUUAUUUAUUGGUCAGCAAUCCAUAAUGAGUUGGGAUGAAGUUAUCACUGACAAGAGAACUCCUGCAAAUAUGCUACCAAUUUUUAAACAAUUAUAUUUGCAAUAAUGCAAUUUUCUUUACACUUUGUAGUUGGCGUCUUUGAAGAAUAUUGUGUAUGUUUUUGGAUUCAACAACAAGUGGUACUUGAUAGAAUGUUUGUCCAAAUGUAAGUUAAUAGGCUGCUGGCAGCGCCCUUCUGAAACAAUCGUCACUUGUCUUUUUAUUUCUAUUUUUGUUUAGAACAAAGCACUUCUUCUUUUAAAGGGAUGUAAAACAAAUGAAGCCUAAAUGGCAAAAACAAAAACACAAAUGCAUGUCCGGGU